AUGGAAGCCCUACAACACAAUUACUAUGCGAUGAUUAAAAAUACCAACAAUUACCUCCUGGUAAAAGACGAUGUCGGAAAAUCCAAGCCAAGCACAAGGACACUUCCACCUACUGAUUUCACAUAUGGGAAAAAAGUAGGAGCAGAUGAUGAAGGCGCAGGGAAACUAGUUUCUUCAUGAAAAAUCCAUAACCCAACCAAAGACGUGCCAAAUGAUAGAGAUUUUAAAAAGCUUAAUGCAAUGAGCGUAACUGGGGGAUUCACAAAAGCAUCUGAUCAAAGGACUUUUAGAAAAACUAUGGAUCCAAGAAUUCAGCUUACAGCUGGAAGACGCCUUAAAGAAUUAAAAAUCCCGGAUAUUGUAUUUGGACAACCAAAUAGACCGAGCACUCCGAUAGGCGCAGUAUUGGAAAAUUAUUUUGGAACUGUGGCUGUAGAAAUAAAAAAUCAAGAAUAUAGCUACAAUCCUAGUAUAAAAAAGAAAAAUUGGCAACCAAGAAGCACAAGAGGGUUUGAUAAGAUGGCCGCUGCUAUUAAAUCAUCACAAGAGCAAACCCAGAGAUCAGAGUUCAAAAUGAAAAAGUUCCAGAACGUUAAAUCGAGAACUGACCAUAUAAGGACAAAGAGACCAAUUUCUUCAGGUGCAUAA